AUGGCGGAUAAAGAAAGGAGCUGGGAUUGCAAAAUAAGACUCCCGCUUUUCUUGAUAAUUGUGACAGUCUGGGGUACAAUUUCUGGACAGAUUCGUUAUUCAGUUCCUGAAGAAAUGCAGAAAGGCUCUUUCGUGGGGGAUACAGCAAAGGAUCUGGGACUGGAUAUAAAGGAGCUCUCAGACCGCGGAGUCAGGAUAAUUUCCAGAGGUAUGAAGCAAUAUUUUGCUCUCAGUUUGAACAGUGGACAUUUAUAUAUUAACGAAAGAAUAGACAGAGAACAGAUCUGUGGCCGGCUAGAGAAUUGUUUAUUAAAUUUUGAGAUUCUUGUUCAGGACAAAGUGAAGCUUUUUGCGGUUGAAGUCGAAAUAACGGAUAUUAAUGAUAAUGCGCCGAGUUUCCCAGUGGAGGAAGUGGAGUUAAAAAUAACUGAAACCACGGGAAAGGGGGAGCAUUUUCUUUUGCCGGAGGCUCGAGAUCCAGAUAAGGGACUCAAUUCCCUCCAAAGCUACCAAAUUAGUAAAAAUAAAUACUUCUCUCUGGAUGUGCAAACGGGAGUUGAUGGUGGGAAGUACGCAGAGCUGGUUCUUGAAAAAUUAUUGGACAGGGAAGAAGAGAAAAUUCACCAGUUAAUCCUUACAGCUUCAGACGGCGGAGAUCCAGUCAAAUCUGGCACUGUGAAAAUCAGAGUUAUUGUUAUGGAUGUAAAUGACAAUGCGCCAGUUUUCAGCCAGUCUGUCUAUAAAGUGGCUAUUACGGAAAAUGUCCCUGUCGGUUUCUUGGUGCUUACAGUAAACGCCACUGACCAAGAUGAAGGAAUUAAUUCAGAGGUAACAUACUCAUUUAGAAAAAUAGAAGACAAAGCUGCCCAUAUAUUCCAGUUGGAUUCUGGGACGGGAGAAAUAUCAGUUGUAGGGAAUCUGGACUUCGAGGACUCUGAAAUACAUGAAAUGGAAGUACAAGCUCAGGACGGGAGUGGAUUAUCGUCUCGAGCCAAAAUCUUGUUAAGAGUCAUUGAUGCAAAUGAUAAUGCCCCGCAGAUUACUGUAACAUCUCUUCGCAGAGGAAUCAUUGAGGACUCCCUUCCUGAAACUGUAAUUGCUCUUAUAAAUGUACAAGACCGAGAUUCCGGAGUCAAUGGUGAGAUCACGUGCACUAUCCCAGAUAAUCUCCCAUUUCGAUUACAGAAGUCAUUUGAUAAUUAUUACAGUUUGGAGACUACCAGCGCCCCGGAUAGGGAGCAGAUCUCGGAUUACAAUAUAACUAUCACAGCCACCGAUCAAGGCACUCCUCCCAUCGCUACAACCACCUUCCUCCUACUGAAGAUAUUAGACAGAAACGACAACCCGCCCAUUUUCAGCCAAACAACCUACGCCUCUUACAUCCUGGAAAAUAAUCCAAAAGGUGCUUCCAUAAUCGUGGUAAAGGCAAAUGACCCCGACCUGGGGGAGAAUGCCAAAGUCACUUACUCUGUUACCGAAGGUCAGAUCCGGGAAGCUCCGCUCUCUUCCUACAUCUCUAUUAACUCCGAGACCGGGGCUCUCUACGCUCUGCGCUCCUUCGAUUACGAACAGUUCCGGGAGAUUCGGUUCCAAGUGCAGGCUCAGGAUGGGGGUUCCCCACCUCUCAGCAGUAAUGUCUCCGUCACUCUCUUUAUACUGGACCAGAAUGACAACAGCCCGCACAUCUUACACCCCUCCUUUCCCACCGAUGGCUCCACGGGAGUGGAGUUGGCCCCUCGCUCCUCCGAGCCGGAUUACCUGGUCACUAAGGUGGUGGCGGUGGAUGCAGACUCCGGGCAGAACGCCUGGCUCUCCUACCAGCUGCUGAAGGCUACAGAGCCGGGCCUCUUCUCUGUGGGACUCCACAGCGGCGAGAUCAGGACGGCGCGCUACUUUCUCGACAAAGAUGCGCUCAAGCAAAGUCUGGUGGUUUUAGUGAAGGACAACGGGCAGCCUCCUCUCUCUGCCACGGCCACUGUGACGGUGGUGGUGGCUGACAGCAUCCCCGAAAUCCUCUCUGAUUUAAGCAGCCUCUCAGCGCCUGCAGACUCCCAGUCCAGCCUCACCUUGUAUUUGGUGAUCGCUGUGGCUUCCGUUUCUUGCUUGUUCUUUACCUUUAUCAUAGUGUUAGUGGCCCUGAGGCUCCGCCGGUGGAGAAACUCGCAGCUGUUUGACUCCUCGAGUGUGACGUUCAGUGGAGUUCCCGUCUCGCAGUUUGUGGGACUCGAUGGAGUCAGAGCUUUUCUUCGCUCCUACUCACAUGAGGUUUCUCUAACCACGGACUCCAGAAAAAGUCAGUGGAAAUUUCCUAGUGGAAGUUGUUCAAAUACUCUGAUAGAUCAGCAUCCUUCUGAGAAAUCAGGGCCUCUUUUAAUUGCAGAUGAUUCAAAUAUUAAUAAAGAAGGUCAAGUCGUCAGCCAGAUCAGUCUAGCUGCAAUUCUAAGGCCGAGACUCACAGUGCCGCAGUUGGCCAGAGCCAUGACAGAGCUGCUGCUGAAGAUCAUUUGGAGCUUCUUGCAGUGUGAUUGCCAGUCACACAGCGCAGAUCGGAGAAGGGACACAAUGUUGCUUAACGGAGAAAUCACCCCUCUGGAAAUUAAUAUGAAAACAGAAAGAGAAUUUGAUUUUCAGUACUCCUCAUUAACGCGGAAUUUUCGUUCUCACGGAAAUAUACAAAAUACAAUAUUGGAUUCUCUUCAGAAUACAUCCGAUUAUAAAUUCAGCAGAGCUGUGGUGACCAGGAUGGAAUUACAGUGCAGAGAGAAGCCCUGCGGAUUCAGAUGGCAAGUACUGUUCCCCUUGUUAUUCUUUUUGUUUUGCGGUGCGGUCUCAGAGCAGGUCAAUUAUUCAAUUCUUGAAGAAAUGGAAAAGGGGUCUCUUGUGGGGAAUCUUGCUAAGGAUCUGGGACUGAAUAUCAAAGAACUGCAACAAAGGAAACUGCGAGUUGUCUCUACGGCAAAAAACCACUAUUUUAGAGUCAGUACAGAAAAUGGUAAUUUAUACGUAAACGACAGAAUAGACAGAGAGGAAAUGUGUGGGAAAAAAUUGCUUUGUGUCCUAAAUUUAGAAGCCGUGGUUGAAAACCCAUUAAAUAUUUUUCAUGUGAAUGUCGCAAUCAAGGAUAUAAAUGAUAAUGCACCCGGCUUCGGCAAAAAAUCUGUUGACUUAGAAAUAAGUGAGUCCACCUUGCCAGGAGCAACAUUCCCCCUAGGAAAUGCUCUGGAUUCGGAUGUUGGGAGUAAUUCGCUACAGAAUUACGAGCUCAGCUCCAACCAUUAUUUUAUCUUGGCAGUGAAAGAGAACAAGGAUGGAAAUAAAUACGCUGAGUUAGAUUUGGAGAAACUUUUAGAUCGUGAAAAGCAAAGUUCCCACCUCUUGAUCCUGACAGCUGUGGAUGGGGGAGAUCCAGUGAGAACUGGGACGGUUCAGAUUAGGAUUAAUGUUACUGACGCCAAUGACAAUCCUCCUAUAUUCACUGAAAAAGUGUACAAAAUCCGACUGCGGGAAAAUCUACCAAAGGGCUCGUUAGUUCUUCAGGUGAAAGCUACUGAUAUGGAUGAAGGUUUUAAUGCACAAAUCACAUAUUCUUUCAGCAACAUACCAGACAGUGUUCGUCACUUGUUCUCACUGGAUCCCGGAAACGGAAGCAUUACAACUACAGGUAUUAUUGAUUAUGAAGAGGCAAAUAGUUAUGUACUUAGUGUGGAAGCCAAAGAUGGAGGAGGACUGGCUGGUCAUAGCAAAAUUGAAGUUGAUAUUACAGAUGAAAAUGACAAUUCCCCCAAGCUGACACUUACAUCUGUGUCCAGUCCCAUUCCCGAAGAUUCUCUGCCUGGGACAGUGAUAGCUCUGAUGAAUGCAUACGAUAAGGAUGCUGGGGAAAAUGGCAAGAUCAACUGUCGCAUUAAAGAGGAAUCGCCUUUUAAAAUAAUCUCGUCUUCUAAAAAUUACUACAAGAUCCUCACAGACAGCCCCCUGGACAGGGAAAGGACCCCGGAGUACAAUAUCACAAUCACAGCCACAGACAAAGGCUCUCCCCCGCUCUCCACCCAGAAAACCAUCCUGUUGCAGAUCUCCGAUAUCAAUGACAACGCCCCUGUCUUUCAGAAACCUUCCUACACCGCCUAUGUGCCAGAGAACAAUCACUCGGGGGCCUCUAUUUUCAGUGUAAAAGCCUCAGACCGGGAUCUGGACCGGAACGCUCGAGUCACUUACUCUAUCCUCAGCAGCAACCUCCAGGAGGUGCCUCUCUCCUCCUACAUCUCCAUUAACUCCCAGACCGGAGCUAUCUAUGCCCAGCGCUCCUUCGACUACGAGCAAUUCCGGGAGUUGGAAGUGCAAGUGAAGGCCCAAGACGGCGGAUCCCCACCUCUCAGCAGCAAUGUCACCGUCAGGGUGUUUAUUCUGGAUCAGAAUGAUAACGCCCCUCGCAUCCUGUACCCUUCCCUGGCAGCCGAUGGCUCCGCCUUGUUUGAGAUGGUCCCUCGCUCGGCCGAGGCAGGUUAUCUGAUGACUAAGGUGGUGGCGGUGGAUGCUGACUCAGGGCACAAUGCCUGGCUCUCCUACCAUCUGCUCCAGGCCACGGAACCGACGCUCUUCAGCAUGGGGCUGCACACCGGGGAGAUCCGGACAGCCCGCGCCUUUGCGGACAGAGAUGCUGUGAAGCACAGGCUGGUCACCCUGGUGAAGGACAACGGGCAGCCACCUCUGUCAGCCACAGUGACUCUCAACCUGGUGUUUGCUGAGAACUUCCAAGAGGCUCUUCCGGAAAUGAGCGACCAAUCGGGUGACUCGGCAUCUCAGUCUGAUUUACAGUUUUACUUGGUGUUGGCUUUAGCUUUGAUCUCAUUUUUAUUCCUCCUGACAGUUACACUGGCCAUUGUGAUGAAAUUGCGAACAUCAAGGAAUAUUCCAGUUUUGCAGUGUUUCGGUUCUGAUCAUUAUUCCAAGGCGGGUCCUGGAUUCCCACCAAACUACUGCGAUGGGACUUUACCAUAUAGCUAUAAUCUGUGUUUAGCCGCAGAUUCCGAAAGAAAUUACUCUAACUUUCUAAAUCCCAGUCGUCAGAAUAGUGUGAGAGACACCACCCUUUCUGUUGAGAACUCUGUGAUGAUAUUUAAGAUAAAUAAUGAUCCAACGUCUGAGAAGGACAACAUUCCUCCGGGGUGCAAAGGAUUUCCAUGGCCAUUCUGUGAGGACUCUGGCGCAGGAGUUUUCUCCUUCUCUCUGUCAGAGGACUGCUGCUUUCCCACCAUUUGA